AUGCCGGUCAAAGGAAUAGUUUCGCUGGCUUCUGGCCGGAAUGGUGUAGGAGCUUUUAUCUUGCAGUGCAAGCGACUCGACUUUCACUACUGCGACUGGGCAGGCAGUUCCAAGGGCAUGAACUCCUUCAUCAAGGAAAUGCUUCCCGAUUUUGCCAAACGAAACCCUCAGAUUGAAAUCCGCAUUUCUCCCCGUCCUCACAAACACCCCAUCAUUAAGGGACACUAUAUCAAUGGUCGCGAGAAAGCAAUCUGCGUGCGAAAUCUCGAAGUGUAUGAAGUUCUUCAGAAAGCGAAUUUGUUGAAGGAAGCUAGUGGAGAGAAGCUACGACGGACGAAUAAGCCUGUUCUCAGCACGAAUGAGAGUGUCAGAGGCAUCUGGUCUCCAUACCAUGGAGAUAUGAAGCAGAUAUAA